ACACUUUUAACGCUAGUAAAGAAAUUAAAGAAAUUUUACAUCUGCAUAAGUUUUACCACACGCAUUAUGAGUUCCCUAGACGAGCCAUGAGAUAAAUAUGAAACCAACGUUUGAGUUAGUUACAACUGUUUCUUUUUAAAAACGUUUCCACACACCAUAUGCUUCUUCAAGCUUUAGAACACUGUGUCUUGUAAUGGAAAUAUCCGCCAUAAGAAUGAAUUUUCUCGCGCUGGGUUUGUCUCUGUGUCUUGUUCUUUCGAGUUUCCAUGGCGUUUCUUGUCAGGAUGAUGGUGCUGCUAGUAGGUUGAGUCAUCUGGAUCUAAUCGAACGUGAGUACCAAGAUAGUGUCAAUGCUCUUCAAGGCAAGGAAGAUCAGUCUGCAAGUAUUCAGAGUGAGAACCAGAAGAACACUACAGCGACUGAUAAGAACACUAUUUCUCUGUCUCUAUCAGAUGAAUCUGAGGUUGGAGGAGUGAGUGAUGAAAGUGUUAAAAAUUCGAGUCUGUUGGAUGACAUAGAACUUGAAAUUGAAGCUCAUCUCAAUGGUCUUAACCAAGCUGGAUCCGCUGAUGUUAAUGCUGAAUCCAAAUAUGAUGAAGUAUUAUCUGCACAGAGACAGAAGAUGUUGGAAGACAUCGAACGCGAUUUUGAAGCUGCUUCAUCAGCAAGUUUGGAACAAAUAAAGACUGAUGAAUUAAGUGAAGGAAUUAAUGAGCAACAAUCUGCAAAGAAACAUAGUUUGCUGGAAGAGAUCGAACGCGAAUUUGAAACUGCUACAAAAGAUCUUGAACAACUAAAGGUUAAUGACUUCACUGGGAACAAGCUUGACGAAGAACAAUCUGCAAAGAGAAAAAGCAUGCUUGAAGCUAUUGAACGCGAGUUUGAAGCUGCUGUUGAAGGCCUUGAAGAACUAAAGGUUUCUGAUUCUACCGGAAGCAAAGAUGAUGAAGAACAAUCUGCAAAGAGACUAAGUGUGCUGGAAGAGAUUGAACGAGAAUUCGAAGCUGCUACAGAGAGCCUUAAGCAACUUCAAGUUGAUGGUUCGAGUGAAGACACAGAACAAACUGCAAAGAGGCAAAGUAUGCUUGACGAGAUUGAACGUGAAUUUGAAGCUGCUACACGUGAUCUUAAGCAGCUAAAUGAUUUCACUGAAGAUGAUGAACAAUCUGCAAAGAGAAACAGUGUAGUAGAAGAAAUGGAACGUGAGUUUGAAGCUGCUACAAAAAAACUUAAUUAUUUAACUGAAGGCAGUGACAGUGAAGAACAAUCUGCAAAGAGGAAGACUAUGCUUGAAGAGAUGGAACGUGAAUUUGAAGCUGCCAUUGGAGGUCUUAAACAGAUCAAAGAUGAUGAAUCUAAGUACACUGAAGAACAAGCAUCUAAGAGAAAGAUAAUGUUGGAAGAGAUCGAACGCGAAUUCGAAGAAGCUCGAAGUGGCUUUAGCACAAAUGCUAAUAAAGAAGGAUCUGCAAAGAAACAUAGUAUUGCAUUAGAGUCUCUUGGACUAGGACAGUCAGGUGUCUGUGGCUGUUUUAAUCAAGACAAAGCUGGUUUAAAGCAAGACGAAGAUGCUUCAAUCGCUAUAUCAACAAAAUAUAGCAUAGAAGAGAUCCUCACUGAAGAAUCUUCACUCCAGGGCACAGAGACUUCUUCUAGUCUAACAAAGUCUUUGACUCAGCUAGUUGAGAAUCACAGGAAAGAAAAGGAAUCUCAUAGUGUGCACACUUCAUCCACAAGUGAAUCAGCAGCCACAUCAGAGACUGUAGAGAGCCUUAGAGCUAAACUGAGAGAGCUUCGUGGCUUAACCGCUCGUCAGCUCGUGACACGCCAAGAUUUUGAGAGCAUUCUCCUUAUGGCUGCAACUUUCGAAGAGCUAAGCUCAGCUCCCAUCAGUUACAUUUCUAGGUUAGCUAAAUACGGAAACGUCAUAAAAGAAGGACUUGAAGCUUCUGAGAGAGUCCACAUGGCAAAGGCAAGAGCCACAAUGCUCAAAGAGACUUCCAUGGAGAAGCAGAUCUUCGUGGACGCUAACUUCGAAGAGGCUAAGAAGCUUGCUCAAAGAGGAGACGCCUUGUACGUUAGAAUCUUUGCGAUCAAGAAACUGUUGAAGAAGCUUGAAACUGAGAGAGAGUCUGUUGAUGUGAAGUUUAAGGGGAUUGUGAAAGGUCUUUCUCAUCUUCUUGUUGAUGCUUCUGAGGCCUAUGAAGAGUAUCAUGGAGCUGUAAGGAAGGCUAAAGACGAGCAAGCAGCUGAGGAGUUUGCGAGAGAGGCAACGCAGAGUGCAGAGAUAAUAUGGGUUAAGUUUCUUAGUUCUCUUUAGAGAACAGUUGAGAUUCUUUGUUUGUCUUUAGAGCAAGUCUAGAGCUCUUGUUGGUUAUUGUUUUCUACUUUGUCUUUAUGUUCUGUUUCAGACUUUGUGUGUUGAUUAUAUCAGGAGAGAGAGAUAUAGAGGGGAAAACAAAUAAUGUUUAUUUCAGAUUUCUAAUAAAAUAAGCUUCCAAUAA